UUCAGGCACCGAGCGCGGCCGCGCGCCGCCCGCGACCACACAACAAUUCAAAUAGUAAACAACGCGUUCCAACGUUCCGUUCCACGAAGUGCUGUGACAAAAAACAAAAAUGAGGCGGAAUCUCAAAAUCCUCUGCCUAGUUGCAGCUGCAUGGAUGCUAUUCCUCUUCUACUACAUGCAACCGGACUCCUCGCAGUCAAAGGAAGAAAACAUAGCUCUCCGUCUGAUCAAACAGCAUCCAGACGUCGAGGAAGCCGACAGCAGUCCAGCGUCCCCUGAAGAUGCAUAUGGCACCGGCAGCACUGGGAGGACCUACUUCGACGAGGGGGGGUACGUGGCGGGGGGGUUACGGGACUCGGACCCCUACGUCAGGAAUCGGUUCAACCAGGCGGCGUCUGACAACUUACCUAGCAACAGGCCGGUGCCGGACACACGGAAUGCCAUGUGCCGCCUGAAGAAGUAUGAUGACGACCUUCCUCAGACCAGCGUCAUCAUCACCUUCCACAACGAAGCGCGGUCGACCUUGCUUCGAACCGUUGUCAGCGUCCUGAAUAGGAGUCCGGAACAUCUAAUCAAAGAAAUUAUUCUAGUCGACGACUUCAGUGAUAACCCCGAAGACGGAGCAGCCCUCCGCUCCAUCCGCAAGGUGCGCGUGAUCCGCAACACGAAACGCGAGGGGCUCAUGAGGUCCCGGGUGCGAGGUGCCGACGCAGCCACCGCGCCGGUGCUCACCUUCCUGGAUUCCCACGUCGAGUGCAACGUGCACUGGCUGGAACCACUUCUUCAGAGGAUCAAAGAGGACCCGACGCGCGUGGUGUGCCCCGUCAUCGACGUCAUCAGCAUGGACACCUUCCAGUAUAUCGGCGCGUCGGCUGACCUUCGAGGAGGCUUCGACUGGAACUUGGUGUUCAAGUGGGAGUACCUCUCGCAUGCAGAACGCAGCGCCCGUCUCAAUGACCCGACGCAGGUGAUCCGGACCCCCAUGAUCGCUGGAGGCCUGUUCAGCAUGGACCGCCAGUACUUCGCCAAGCUCGGCAAGUACGAUAUGCGCAUGGACGUCUGGGGCGGCGAGAAUCUGGAGAUAUCUUUCAGGGUCUGGCAGUGCGGUGGCUCUCUUGAAAUCGUGCCGUGUUCCCGGGUGGGCCACGUGUUCCGCAAGCGUCACCCCUACACGUUCCCGGGAGGGUCGGGGGCGGUCUUCGCCAGGAACACCAGGAGGGCGGCCGAGGUCUGGAUGGACGACUACAAGGAGUUGUAUUACCGGUCGCAGCCGCUUGCCAAGCAGGUGGAGUUUGGAGACAUUUCAGAGCGCGUGACGCUCCGCCAGAAGUUACACUGCAAGCCUUUCAGCUGGUAUCUGGAGCACGUGUAUCCCGAGCUGCAGGUGCCCACCUUCGACGGCAGCUACCACGCCAUCACCCAGGGCAACCGCUGUCUGGACACCAUGGGGCACCUUAUUGAUGGGACCCUUGGCAUGUACCCCUGCCACAACUCGGGCGGGAACCAACUCUGGCGUUUCGAGAACGGUUUACUACGUCACCACAGCCUCUGCAUCGCACUAUCGCCUGAUGACCGCGUCACGGCCGUACUAGCUUCUUGCGACCCAGCAGACGACACCCAGCUAUGGAGAAGGAAGGGCCGUCUCCUCAGGCAUGCCAAGCUCAACGCCUGUCUAGACUCAGACAGACCCUCGCUAUACAUUGACCAGUGCGACGAGGAGAAACUCAGCCAGCAUUUCAAUUUCUAAGUGCCUGAUCUGAUAGACGAUAGGGGAUCUAAACCUCAAGGUCGAUUAAGGUCACAUAGCCGAUGAGACGUCAAAGCCGUGCGAAGCUCUGUGUGAUAAUAGGGAUGUUUCCUGGGUCAAAAAGCAAGAGUUUUAAUUAGUCCGUCAGUUUACUUGUCAAAAAAUACUCUACACGUAUUUUUCACUUUUUCAAAUUAAUGAAAAUUUAAAGAGAUAAAGCGCGGCAAAGUUCAUAAUAAGAGGCCCGUGACAUCAAUGAGUGCAUAAAAGUGCCGCACUUUGUGACGUCGCGCGGAACUUCAACGCACCAUAACUAUGUAAUUAUUUGUUAGAUUGACAAAUAUAAAUAUAGGUGUCCAAUAUAUUUUGAUAUUAAACAUAACGGACUAAAAAAAUUUUUUAGGAAACUAGCCUAUUCAUGGCCCCUGUAUCGUGUGCUGUGUGACCAUUUCAUAUUGUAUCGACGAUUGAGCCACCUGCAAUUGAUUUCCAAUUGCCUGUGUGCGAAUAUUGAAAUAUUAUGGAUAAAAUCUCAUAGCUAGUUUCGAAGAGAUAAUUCUUAAUUCCUAUUUGUUAAGCUAUCAUGGAUCUAAUACCCGUUUGAUGCACUUCAGCACUUUAUUACAGUUUGUAUGUAAUCUGGAAUAGCGUCCAUGAUAGCUAGGGUGUUGACUGAGUUUACAAAGGUAGGAUUAUAACAAUGGAGGUUCUAACUACUCAAUUACUGUCUAGGGUUUAGUCACAAAAAAGACUUUUCGCUUUAACGAAAAUCUCGAAUUGGUAUGUACUUAUUCGUUUUGUUAGUAGCGUGGCACCGUCUUCAACACAUCCUUCCUUACGUAGGUGCCAAACUAUCUUGUAAAUAUUUUCUUUAUUAAAAAUAUAGCAAACAUCAACAUUCCAUUUGAGUGAAAAUAAAAUAAUUGCGUAUUUAUUAUUUGUUAUUUUAUCAAUUUUGGUGAUGUUAAUUACAAAUUAUUUUUUAAAUAUUUAUUUGUUUUGACAACUUAAUGUGAAUAAUAUCACUAAUAAUUAAGAUGAAAUAGAUUCUAAAAUAUAGUUACCAUUAGUUAUGUUUAGGGUAUUCUAAUUGUACUUCACUAUAAGUGCCGGGAACGUGGAAUGUGGAUUAUGUAGGUUACAUCGCAUCGCAGCUAAAGGGCGCUCACAAAGUAGAAAUAAUUUUAGUUAGUAUUAAAAAUAGUUCACUACCUACUAAACGUCCUAUUAAAUCUAUGAUUUUAAGAUUACCUAAAUUUUCAAUCUGAUUCGCAUUUCGUCUUACUAAUGAUUAAUAAAUUUUUAUUUCAUUUACAAGUUUCAUCGAAAGCACACUACUUACCACAAUAUAAAAAGUUUUUCAAUGGAUUUUGUACUUCAAAAUCAGCCUAUACUAGAAAUCAAUCGUUUAAGGUCAUGAUUGUCAAAUUAUAAAUGGACCUUGAAAGUUUAUUUUUACAAUUUGAUCGGUAUUAAUGAACGUCUUUAUUUGCACUUCAUCGGGGUUAAAUUUUAUUUUUACAGUUUUACUAAUCCUUUCUUUAAUACAUUCUCUAUAUUCAUACAGUCAUUCAACCAUUAGCCUCGUAUCGUUUAACAACUUCGCCUUAUAGUACAAGUGAUCGUCACAAAAUUGUUUCUCGAAUAGAAUGUAACGUGUUAAGGAUUUUCAAUUUAUAAAAAUGUAAGAUAAUAAGAUAAUUUCCUUUUAAAAAGGCCUAGAUAGAAAUUAUGCGUAUUUGAUUUUAUUUUUAAAUGUUUAUUUUUAAUAGCUUAUUAUAAAUACUCAUUGUUAUUAAGACAUUAUGUUUAUGUAACGCUUCGCCAAAAGUAUUAGAAUCAUUACUUUGUGUAAUUAUUGACAUCAAAAUUUUAUAAUUUCCAUUGUUUUAUAUUUUGUUUUACUUUUAUCAAUAUGUUAUUUCUUUCUUUUUACUACACUGAUCAUCACAAAAAUCGACCCUCCCGCGACAAGCACUUUUCAAACGUAUGCAUCCCAACUUCCCACCAAUAUUGGUACCAUUUAAAAACCUAGUUCUAAACUUCAUUUCGUUAAAGGAAAGGUUUUUACCCCAAAAAUGUGUCUGUAGAAGAAUCCAGAGUCACUUCAAAAAAUUGGUAGUUACGCUUGAGCCAACUUUUAUGGCUAUAAAACUGUUAAGUUGGGAUUAAUCGCUAUCCAUCUGUUAAAGAGGACAUGUGAGAUCAUUAUUUGGUUUUAUAUCCAUAAAAAUUGGUCUAAUUGAUCCCAGAGGUGAGCCCAAAAGUGAGGUCUUUUUUCAAGUCACAUUUAUUGUAUAUCGCGUUUAUGUUAAUCGUUUAUUAAGAAAUUAAAUGUGUUUUUCUUUAAGGAUAUUUAUUGGGCUUUCAAAUAACACCAAUAUUGUUGGGGCACCAUGAUUGUGUCAGUAGAAACGUGUUUUCCUGUAAAACGUAGGUGGCCCGAUUUUUGUGAUGACGAGUAUAGUUGUGUUAAGGCUUAUUAUAUCUUUAAAAUUCAGAUUGGCAAUUCCUCAUCAAAUUUUAUUAUGUUCUAUCAAUUUGGUAUAAUUGUGAACACUGCCGCUUUUUAUUCAUUUAAUUUUAAGACAAACGAUUUAUCUUAAUACAAUUACAUAGUGGUAAAAUGAUGUCUUAUGAAAUUAAAGCAUUUUACGUCCAUAAUUUUCCAUGAUAACGAUACAACAUAACAUAGACCAGACUAUCAUCUAGAUAGACAUAAGUGAUUUAAAAAUACUUUUUAGCAAGUAAAUACCAGCUUUUUUUAGUUAUUAAUGCUGAUAAACUCAUUUUUAUAAGAUUAUCAACAUCUGAAAUCAUUCAGUCUGUAAAUUAAGGACACGCUUAUAUAUUUUAUUCUUAUUCCUAUUUGAUGAUAAUCACACAUGAGAUCCAUUUUAUUUGUAGCAUUUUUACUAACAUGCUUUUAUGUUUUGUUAGCGCUAGAACAUUCCUUAAAAGUAAUAGACAAUAUGAUUACUUGUUUAUGUACAUAAUAUUCUAGAAUAAGUAUAAUUGCGUACUUAUGGGUCUUAUGAAUACUUACAACUAUCGUUAAUAUCUACUAUCGUACGUUUGUAAAUUUUAAAGUGCACUUUAGUGUAGCACUUAGAACACACAGUGGAUGAAUUAAGGGGGAUUGAAUCUGGAUUAAAUCGAUCUGUUGUUUUUUUUGUUUUAAAUUUUAUAUUGUGAGUUGUUUGAGAAUCACAACGUGACUAUCCUAGUCGUAUUUUGUUGGAAUACUUUACUGUAUCAAUUGUGUUUUUAUAUUGUAUAUCAAAUGUGUGAUUUAUUUAGUGAGAGAAACAUUUGGUAAAUAAAAGAAGAGUUGACGAGCAAAA